AUGUCUGGGCAGGGCCCCCAGAGAAGGCUGCUGGGCUCUCUCAAUGGCACCUCCCCAGCCACCCCUCACUUCGAGCUGGCUGCCAACCAGACCGGGCCCCGGUGCCUGGAGGUGUCCAUUCCCGACGGGCUGUUCCUCAGCCUGGGGCUGGUGAGCGUUGUGGAAAAUGUGCUGGUGGUGGCCGCCAUUGCCAAGAACCGCAACCUGCACUCGCCCAUGUAUUACUUCAUCGGUUGCCUGGCUGUGUCCGACCUGCUGGUGAGCGUGAGCAAUGUGCUGGAGACGGCCGUCAUGCUGCUGGUGGCGGCAGGCGCCUUGGCUGCUCAGGCUGCUGUGGUGCAGCAGCUGGACGACAUCAUUGACGUGCUCAUCUGUGGUUCCAUGGUAUCCAGCCUCUGCUUCCUGGGCGCCAUUGCCGUGGACCGCUACCUCUCCAUCUUCUACGCGCUGCGAUACCACAGCAUCGUCACACUCCCGCGGGCGUGGCGGGCCAUCUCCGCUAUCUGGGUGGCUAGCGUCCUCUCCAGCACGCUCUUCAUUGCCUACUACAAUCACACGGCCGUCCUGCUUUGUCUUGUCAGCUUCUUUGUAGCCAUGCUGGUGCUCAUGGCAGUGCUGUACGUCCACAUGCUUGCCCGCGCCUGCCAGCACGCCCGAGGUAUUGCCCGGCUCCAUAAGAGGCAGCACUUCAUCCCCCAGGGCUUUGGCCUCAAGGGCGCUGCCACACUCACUAUCCUGCUGGGCAUUUUCUUUCUCUGCUGGGGCCCCUUCUUCUUGCACCUCUCACUCGUGGUCCUCUGCCCUCAACACCCCAUCUGUGGCUGCGUCUUUCAGAACUUCAACCUCUUCCUCACCCUCAUCAUCUGCAACUCCAUCAUUGACCCCUUCAUCUACGCCUUCCGCAGCCAGGAGCUCCGAAAGACUCUCCAAGAGGUAGUGCUAUGUUCCUGGUGA